AUGGAAGAUAGCCUUCAAAAUGUCAAAUCAGUGCAUGUGAAAGCUUUGAUUCAAAUAAUGCACAGAUACUUUAAGUACUUCAAGCACUCUUUUCUCAAUCUAUUAGACAGAAUCAUCUGUCUAGAUGAGAAGGACAGUAUGAUUAAGGGCGUAUAUAAGUUACUUGAGAAGUUUUACUCAGAGAUGUCAAAAAACUAGCAACUAAGCAAAGUUGAUGUGAAUUCUUUGAUGACCAGUGUAAUUGAGCAAUUAGUCACCAUUUACGGAAUGACUAAGAUAAACUCACAAAUACAGUACAGAGCUGCUUUCAUGCUUACUCAAAUCUGCAAUAAUUUUGGGUUAGUAGAAAAUGAUCGACUCAACCUUCCACAAGAUUUAAAACUUUCACUGAUAGAGGCAACUAUAGACAUGCUUCAUUCAUCAAGAUCCACUAUUUAAAUUUAUGGAGUACAGCUCUGUGCUAAUAUGGCUAACUAAAAUAGACCCAAUGAUUAGCUCUUUAUGAACUUAAUGAAUGUUAUGACUCACAACAAACUUAGAGAUGUGAGAAAAGCAGCCUUACAUCAUCUAUAAUCUCCUUUCUCUGAAGUAGCUUUACUGUUCUUGGGCAAGCGCUUAAGGGACAAAGAUGAUGAUGUCCGAAAGUUAGCUUUCUAAAAGCUCCGUAAAAAUGGUAUUUAAAUAGAACAUUUCAAGAGCAAAGAAUAAAUAAUGCUCAUAAUGAAAGAAGGCUUGACAGAUAAUAAUGAAAAUGUGAGGGAACAGUGCAUUGAAUUUUUAAAGCCAUCACUUUUUAAUGAAGAUGGGACUCUUUAAGAUUUGAGUCACCUAUUCAAAAUUAUUGACUGUAAAAAGAUGUUUGUGAAGGAAUACUACAUGCAAUUGCCAUUCAUUAUUAUGAGAUUCAUUUUUCAUUGUCUUGGAGAAGAAGAGGUUAAACUUUGUUAAUACCUUGAACAAAUCUUAAAGAGACUUAGAGACCUUGCUGGGAUUAGUUAGAAUUAAUAAGACCAUGAUAUGAAUCACGAAAUUGUGCUAUUUGAAGAAAUACUAUUCCUAAGAAUCGCUUUUGAGUUUACAAAGAUGUAUAAAAAAGAUAGGUAAUAGGAGUAUCUUGAAAGGAUAGAUGAAAUCUAAGUAGAUUUUGAAUAGUAUCAGAAGAUUUUCUUUUACCUUCUAAAAAAUCCACCCAUGAUUAAAGUUUAAAAUCCCGACAUGAAGAGUGAUUUAAGCAAGAAUGAUGACUUGCAAAAAGAACUAAUGAUGCCUGAUAGACUUGUCUUUAGUGAAUGGCUUAAAUUCUCACUAUAACUCUCAAUUGAGGAUGAAAUAACAAGAAGGAAUUUAGUUUCUUUGAUGUUUAAUUACAUUGGCAAGACUCGAUACUCGUAUCUAGAUUAUUAGUACUUCUUGAGGCAUUCAAGAUUCAUACUUAAAGACUCUGAUGAAGAGAUGUCCUUUGGAUUGUAGCAGAGCAGUGACAAUUCUUCUGAUUAUGAAGCUGAUUUUGAUGAAAUUAAUGAACAAUAAAAUCAAGAAGAAUAAAUCAUUUAGAUAGAAAUCAGAGCAUUUGGUGAUUUAAAUAUGCAAAAAGAUAUUCUUGAGUACUGCAAACCAUUCUCAUUUGAGUCACUUGUAGUUGAUUCUGAUGAUGUCUGUAGAAUAGCGGUAAUGGUUGCUAGAAAGCUUUUAGAUCAAAGAAUAGAUGAGUUUUCGCUCAGCAUGCUGCAAGCUAUUUCUGAUAUAAAGGAACCAUUGGAAGAAAAUAGUGAGGAUGGUAGUUUUAAUUUCAAAAAGUAAAAAGAGCAAGUAUACUCUAAAUUAGAAAGCAAGCUAGAGAGCGUGAAUGAACUUAUAAUGCAGGAUGAUUAUUCGAUCUAAGACUUGAAUGUACUAAUGAGAAAGGUCAAGGGAUAUGUAAAUCUAAUCGAAGAGAUUAAUCUAAAGGAAAAACUUAGCUACAAGAGAGCUUUGAAUAUGUGCCUAAUUCUUUUAAAGCAGUGCAGAGCAGAUGUUAAUGAUCAGAAUUUGAUAUCAAUAUGCGAUACAUUAAUAGCACCAACUAUAUCAUCUAAAGAUAAGGAUAAUAUGAUUCUAGCAAUUGAAUGUAUUGGGCUGCUCUGCCUCCUUGAUAAGGAACUUUUCGAGAAUUACUCAAAGAUAUUCUAAAGAAUAUUAGUGGAGGAUAUUAUGGAAGAAAACUUAAGAGAUAAAAUCAUAGCUCUCAAGUCUAGUGUAGAUUCUCUGAUUAUUCAUGGAGUGAAUUAAAAGACUUAAAAGUUAUAAAAGAUCAUAGUAGAGGAUUACAUGGUUAUUAAGGAUAAGAUUCUUAGACAAAUUACGAUUGAAGGUAUUUGUAAGAUGCUAUUCUCUAGAAAACUAACCCUCAACACUGACAAUGAGGAAAUGGAAUUCCUUCUCUCUUAACUAAUCAUUUAGUGGUUUGAUAAGAAAUUCAACUGGUAAAAUUCAUUAGUACGAUAAAUACUCAACACUUUCUUCAAGUCAUUUGUGUUGUUUUCCUAGCAAAGAUGCGAAAUCAUGCUUAGAGCAUGUAUGAAGAUCAUAUUCAGCAUUAUGGAAUCGAAAUACAAUGAAAUUAAAAAAAUCAAGAAUGUUAAAAAGAAGAGUGCAAAUUAAACUCAAAUUUAGAAACCCAAGAAUAAUAAAAAAAGGCUAUUUGAAUGUGAUGACGAUGAUGAUGAUGAAUCUGAAGAUUUUAGUGUUGAUGAAGAGGACUUCUAUAGCGAUGAUUCUAGAUGUGGAUCCCAGCAAGCCCUGAUGCAAAAUAUUGUUAAGGAAUUGGAUCCAAUCUAGAUCACAAAAAUUUUCAUGCUGCUAUUGUCAAGAGAUUACAUAAACCAAAAUGCUGCAAAAGAGUUCAAACUUAAUAAAGAUUUGAACAUAGAUUUCUUGCUUUAAAUAUGCUACUUAAAUGCUGAGGUGCUAAAAAAAGUUGCUAUUGUUAAGGAAUUCAUCAAUUAGGUGCUAGACUAUGUAGAUGUAAAUAAAUGCUCAAAUUGGAAAUAACUGGAAAUUCUUGGAAGAUAUAUUGAGAUAAAUGCAAAUAUGUUGAUUUAAGGUAACCUCAAAUUGAAAAAACUUAAAGAAGUAAUUGAUAAGAAAGUAGCUUAAUUGUAAAAAGAUGAAGCAGAAUAUGAUCAUCUAUUGGAUGGAGGAGCAGAAGAUUAUAAAGUCUAAAUGCUUGAAAACCUUAAGUAAUUAACAGCUGAUCUCUCGGAAUACUAUGAGAAAGAAAUAUUUGAUACAGUUGUCGAUCUUGUUGUGGACGAUGACCAAGAAUAUUAGGAAAUCAACAGUCUUUAGGUGUAAGGGUUAGAUAGAUCUAUGUACUCUCCUUAUGCCCUAAAAAAUAACAGAAUGAGCAACGUUUCUGAAUCUAUGAAUUAAGAUACUACCAAUUAAAGAGUAUUAAGACGUAGAAGUGGACUUAGAAGCAAUUCGAAAACCAAAGAAAAUCAAUAUAAUAACAGCGUUCCAUUAGCCAAUAAAAAGUUAAGAGCUAUUCCUGAAGUCGAAGAAAUAAAAGAUAUUAGCUCUUCUGAAAAACCAAAAAUGACUGCUAAACUUUGUGAGACUAUUCUUGAGGAAAAAGAUAUUACUCAAGAUAAUAUUGUUGACAAGGAUUUUAACGAAAAUGAGGAUGAAUAUAUGUCAAGUAGCAGUGGAUUUAAAAAUGAGAUUAAUGAGAGAAUCAAGCAUGACUAAAGGUAUAUAGAGGAAAGAUAACACAGACAUGGAGUCAUGGCAAGAAUUUCUAAGAAAAUGGCAAGAGACUUUGAAUACAACAAAAAGAAAUCAAUUUAGAGUAACUCAGCCUCGUCAUGCACAUAGAUAAAUGAGCAAAGAAUGAAGGAAGAAUAUCAUGAUGGGAGAACAGUUUUUAAGAUAUCAAAGCAUAAAUCAAUUAGUCCAAUUAAUAAUAACUAAAAGGGAAGAGACAAUCAAUAAAACUUCUAGGCUAGCAAUUAAGGAUUAUAAUUUAAUAAGGAGCUGAACGAACUGUUAUAGGAAGGUAACGAAGUUGCUCACAACUUGUCAGUUAGAUUUGAAAAUAUUCAGUCUUCAGACUUGAAAGAUCCAGAUACCAAUAGAAAAGAAGUAUAUAGCAUGGAUGACCAAAAUGACUAUGAUUCAAGGCUGAACAUCUCAAGUAUAAAGAAGGAAGUUAAGAAAGUGCAAAAGAAAUCUCAGUCUAGAAAUAGAAAAGGUAUUAAAAAAGAUUAGAUAUCUCAAAAAUAAGCAUAGCAAUAGUAGCAGUCACAAGUUCAAAGUAGAUCAUUUGUAAUGAAUGAAAAUGCAUUUAAGCCACAAAUAAAAGCACCCGUAGUAUAACCAAUCAUUACAAGAAGAAUGAUGAAAUCUAUAUCAAGUUAAUCAAUGAAUCAUAACAGCAGCAAAAACUAGGACUCCAACGAUGAAAAUGAAAGCGACUCAAGUGGUUCAAAUGUCUUUGCGUUUAUGGAGAGUGAUCUAACUAAAAAGAAAAAAGAAGCCCUUGCAAGGUAGAGAGUGCAAGGCGCAAUGAAUAAAUCUGAUAAUAAUCUUAGAGUUCCUCAUCAAUAAAUGAAAGGGAAGAGUAUUGGAAAAAGGACUCAAAAAGACUACGAUGAGGAUGAAAUGGAUGGCUAUAAGGAUAGUAACCAUAAUAGCUUUAGAUUAGAUAGAAGCAAAGAGAAUAUUAAACCUACUAAUCGUCCAGCCCAAGGAUAGAAAAAAGGAAGCGUGAGAAACAAAAAAUGA